AAAACUCAUCCCUCUCUUCCUCUUUCUCUGUCUCUCUCACCUUCCCUAACCAGAGCUUGACAGCUGAAGCCCCAACGCUUCCCACUGCUCAAAUAAGCAACAAAGCAGCAGCCUUUAUUUAAUCCUAUUGUCAUCCAUCCCCCCUCCUCUCUGAAACAGAGGAGACGAUGCUCUCGAGGCUCAGCGGCGCCGUUUGGAGGGACGGAGAAGCGGCAGAGGAGGAAGACGACACCGCUUCAUGGAUAAGAUCCACCUCUUGCACCGCCGCCAUGGGAGAAGUGAGGGACGACAUCGCCCUCCCCUGUCUCAAAUCUAUUCUCGACGACGACUGGUACGUCGCAACCACCUCAUCCAACGCCGGUAACCUCGCCGGGAGCUCCUUAAACCAGGGGUUUGCCGGCGACUCCUCCCCGCUCCUUUCGCCGCCGGUGGAUUCCUCCUGCUCACCUUCCUCCGUCUUCACACUCGAUCCCUCCGCCCACCAGUCCUUCUUCCCCCACAAACCUGCACUUUCUUCUUUCCUCUCUGCUGUCUGCUCCAACCCUUUUGAUUCCGGCUUCGAUUUUGUCCCGGAGAACCCGACUUUCUUCCCUCCGGCGAACUCCGCCGCCUCCACCUCCGUUUUUGGUGGUGGAAUGUUGGGUUUCCCCAACGUGCAGAUUAAUAGUCAAGAUUUUCUGCCUAUGACCGGAAGCUCUUCUUUGUUGAACCCCAUGGCAUUCGAUUCGCUUGAAAAUUCGCCAUUUUUGAGCAGAGGGAAGGUUUUGAGGCCUCUGGAGAUCUUUCCACCAGUAGGUGCUCAGCCUAAUCUUUUUCAGAAACGUGCGGCGGCCGCACUGCGCCAGAAUUCAAGUUCUAUUGGUGGUGAGAAAGGUAUGCGUUUGGGGGUUUUGGGUAUGGAGGAUGCAGGGCAGAUGAGGAGCUCUUGGGAUGGUGAGUUUGAGAAGCGGAGGCGAAUAUAUGAUGAGGAUGAGCUUGAUGAUGCCAGCAUUGAUGGCUCUGGUUUAAAUUAUGACUCUGACGAUAUCUGUGAAGUUGCAGAGACUGUAAAGACGGAUGAGGAGAAGAAUGAUGGCGGAGGAUCAGCUGCCGGUGGAGGAGGAGGAGGUAAUGUUUCCAUUACGAAUAGUAGUCUUACCGGUGGGGGUGGAGAGCUGAAGGGUAGGAGAAAGGGGCUUCCUGCUAAGAAUCUGAUGGCUGAGAGGCGUAGGAGGAAGAAGCUCAAUGACAGGCUUUAUAUGCUAAGAUCUGUUGUUCCAAAGAUCAGUAAGAUGGAUAGAGCUUCCAUUCUCGGCGAUGCAAUUGAGUAUUUGAAAGAGCUUUUACAGAGAAUCAAUGACCUUCACAAUGAACUCGAGUCCACGAAUUCUUCCAUGCCGGCAUCUAGCACAUCAAGCUUUCACCCCUUAACGCCGACGCCCUCAACUCUUCCAUGUCGGAUCAAGGAGGAGCUAUGUCCGAGUUCAUUACCGAGCCCAAAUGGUCAACCGGCAAGGGUGGAAGUAAGACUCAGAGAAGGCAGAGCUGUAAACAUACACAUGUUCUGCGCCCGUCGGCCGGGUCUCCUCCUUUCGACGAUGCGAGCUCUUGAAGGCCUCGGCCUCGACAUCCAACAGGCCGUCAUAAGCUGCUUCAACGGCUUCGCUCUCGAUGUUUUUAGAGCCGAGCAAUCUAAGGACGGGCCUGGUGUUUUACCAGAAGAAAUCAAAGAGGUUCUGUUGCAUUCUGCAGGCUUCCAAACUGCACUGUGAUGCUUGGUAUAAUUACUUUGAUUGUUGGGAGAAAAAGAUAAAAGAAAGAGCUUCUUCUGCCAUUUUCAUGAUUGAUUGUUCUGCAUGAUUGUUCUGCAUGGGAUGGGUAGUAAAUGUCAUUCUAUCUUUUCUGAGUCUGAAAAUAAAAAAAGUUUUAUAAAGUUCAGUUUAAGAAACUUAUGUUUUUGCAGUUAUCUUCUUCCUUGUAA